AUGACGACACUAGCCAAGUAUGAAGAAGAGCGUCAAAAGAGACAACGCUCAGAUGGCCUGGCCCAGUACAUCGAUCCUGCAAAGUCGGAAAAGUUCAAGCAUUAUACAGCCGACCCAUGGGUCGAGGCAGAUCAGAAAAACAGGACACAACCUCGGGCGCUUCCUCCUGUCGCCGAUGGUGGGCACGCCAAGGUCCUCAUCCUCGGAGCAGGCUACGGUGCAUUGUUGUUUGCUGUCCGCCUUCUAGAAACUGGCGUCUUCAAAGCCAAUGACAUCGUCUUUGUUGAUGCUGCCGGUGGCUUUGGGGGCGUGUGGUACUGGAACCGCUAUCCUGGACUCAUGUGCGACGUUGAGAGCGCCAGCUACUUGCCCCUUCUUGAGGAGACUGGUUAUGUCCCCAAAGAUCGGUAUGCAUAUGGCACUGAGCUGAGAGAGUAUGCCGAGCUUGUGGCCUCAAAGUGGAAUAUCCAAGGUCAGGGCCUGUGGCAUUCAACAAUCCGAGAUUCAACAUGGGACGAGACCAAUUCAAAUUGGGUGCACAUCCUGAGCAGGAAGAAAGCUGACGGCCCGGAGGAAACCCUCACUGUACGAAGUGACUUCUACAUUCUCAUCCCUGGCUGGCUGGCGAGACCCAAGCUGCCUAGAAUCCCUGGCCUUCUUGACUUUGGCGGCCACAUCUUCCAUACCGCCCGCUGGGAUUACAACUAUACCGGUGGCUCACAAGCCGAUCAGACUCUGUCCAAUCUCAAGGACAAAAAGGUGGCUUUUCUGGGUACGGGGGCUACGGGCAUCCAGGUUGUUCCGCAGCUCGCCAAAUGGUGCAAAAAGUUAUAUGUCAUCCAACGAACGCCAGCUGCCGUGGAUGUACGCGGUCAGGCCCCCAUCGACCCUGCGCAAUGGUUGCAGGAUACCGCUGAGAAAGAUUGGCAACGCAGACGUCGAGAAAAUAUGGCGGCCCGGCUUUCCAACUACCCAGAUGCCAGGGAGGAUCUGGUAGGUGAUGGCUGGACGUCUUUUCCUUCCUUUUCUGGCCUCGUCGGCGGCCCUGCAUCUGGCAACCUUACGGAAAAGACGGUAGAAGACUACGUCAAGUCCCUUCUUGCAUUAGAUUUUCCUCGUCAGGAGGGUAUUCGCUCUCGUGUUUCUGCAAUCGUGAAAGAUCCCGCUGUGGCUGAGUCCCUGAAGCCGUGGUACCCUGGUUGGUGCAAGCGCCCCUGCUUUCACGACGAGUAUCUCCAGGCUUUCAACAACCCCAACGUCGAGCUCAUCGAUACCGACGGCAAGGGUGUCGAGCUUUGCACCAAGACGGGCCUUGUGGCUGGCGGCAAAGAGUUUGACGUUGACUUGCUCAUUCUUGGGACAGGUUUUGAACCUUGGACGGCAGGUAGCCCAGCCCAUUGUGCCAACGUGACAGUCAAGGGCCGCGGAGGAAUCGACAUGAACCAAAAGUGGAGUGAGGGCGUUGGAACUUUGCACGGUGCCUUCACAAGAGGUUUCCCCAACUUGAUCCUCCCAGGCACGACGCAAGCCGGGCCUACGGUCAAUAUUGUCCACGCUAUGGAUGUCACAGCGCAGCACGUGGCAUAUGUCCUUUCCGAGGCGUCAAGGCAACAGGUCGCCAACGGGAAGAAGAAGAUUCUUGUGGAGCCUACAGCUGAAGGCGAAGCAGAAUGGGUCCUCAAAAUCAUCCGUGGCGCUUAUGCCUUUGGUACUUUGUCCAUCUGUACCCCUAGCUACACAACCAGGGAGGGAGAAAUGGCGAGUAUUCAUACUCCUGAGGAGCAGAUGAAGCUGGCAACUGGGUCGAUGUGGGCCAAGGGAAUGAUUGACUAUACCCAAUACCUGGAGGCUUGGAAGGCGAGUGGAGAUUUGAAAGGUAUUGAAGUUCAUGGUGUCUAG